AUGAAGAUUCUUCUGGUCAGCAAGUUUCUGUACUUGCUUCAUCUUCACGGCUAUGGAAUCGUAGUUGGUGGAAGUUCAAAUAUGCACUGGAAUUCCCUGUAUAUCUCAUUUGUUCUCAUCUGUACGACAAGAAUCACCUAUGGCCAAGGAGAUUUCCAAGCCCGUGGGAAGAGAGGCGGCCUGAAUAUCGGCAUCAGUCUUGAUUUCUCGGCGGGGACGAGGAGGGAAGAUCCCGCAGAGAAGCGGCACGUCCAACUGCCUCCGGGUGCGGAAUCGGAAGAUCAUGGAGAGCCAAUCACGGAUGUCGACGUUGUGCAACGCUUCCUCCAACAAUUGGAGUCCCAUAGACGGAGGAGCUCGUCUUUCGAGGGGGUUCCCAUUCUCGGCGGGAUCGUGAAGAAAGUGCGGCGGUACCAAGCUUGCAUCACCCCGAAAUACGACCGCGGCCACUGCAGACAUGUUCAGCAUUGCGUCCUCCCUGCGUUCUUGAAGAACAUAAACAUUCUGCUCUCGUACUCAUGCUUCAUCGGCGGGGCUCAUCUCGGAGUUUGUUGCCCAGAUCGACAUUUCAGCACCAAUAGUGAAGAGAACGAAGAUUCCGAACUGCCGCCAAGUACGACAACGAAACGGCCAUCCCUAGUCGACUCGCUCCUGAGCCCCGUCGGAGGUUUGCUGAAACCGCACAAACCGAACAACCCGAAAAGACCGGACGCUCCGCGUCAGCCCGACGGGCCCGACUCUCCUGGACCCGAUGGCUAUAGACCACCCCAGGAAAGUGAUUUUGUCGGACCCCCGGACCGCCGCCCUCAUCCGCCAUUCCGACCGCCCCCCGAUACGUUCAACGGCGGACCUCAACACGGUGGUCCCCCUCCGGAUGGUUUUCCUCACGGGGGACCUCCCCACGGCCAACUCCACAACGGUGGGCCCAACAGUGGAGGACCUCCCCAUGGUGGGCCCCACGGUGGAGGACCUCCCCAUGGUGGGCCCCACGGAGGAGGACCUCCCCAUGGUGGGCCCCACGGUGGAGGACCUCCCCAUGAUGGCCCCCACGGUGGAGGACCUCCCCAGAAUGGUGGACCCCCUCAACACGGUGAAUUCCAUCCUCCUGCUAGGGGACAGAGUAAUUCCGAAUCCAACUCCAAUAACGGUGGGGGUAACUAUUUUAGCACGGUGAAACCGGCAGCUCCGAUCAGAGGGGCUGCUUACUACCCGGAAACAACCACGAGUAUGAGCGGUUCCACCCCGGGUGGUAACAGCGGUAAACACUCUGAAGACAUUGUGUGGACGUCGACUUCGUCGUCCUGGUCUACGGCCUGUGGUCUCAGCGUCAACAAUCGGAUCGUAGGAGGAGAAGUCGCUAACGCCGAACUAUGGUCUUGGGUUGCCGCGCUCAUGAAAGUUGACAAGCGGUCGAAUAAGACUGAGCAAUUCUGUGGUGGCGUGAUCAUAACCAACCGCUACAUCGUCACGGCUGCACACUGCUUGCCAGGGAUCUCGGCGCGAGAUUUGACGAUAAGACUCGGCGAGUUCGACUUCAAUGAGAAAGAGAACAGCCGGCGGCAGGAUUUCUCUGUGUCACGAAUAGUCCGUCAUCCCGCCUUCAACGAAUCUAAUAACAAUUUCGCGGACAUCGCUCUCAUCAAAGUGUCUAGAGACAUCAAAUUCAAUCAGUUCCUUCUUCCUGUCUGCAUGCCUCCCAACGAAACUUUCGCAGAGAAAGUGGCGACAGUUAUUGGCUGGGGGGUUACAUCCUUCGCAGGACGUUCGUCCAACGUUUUGAAGCAGCUCCGGAUUCCGGUUUGGAGCAACAAGGAGUGUCAGGAAAAACUCUCAACCAUCACAGUCCUCCGGGAAUUCCUUUGCGCCGGACUCAAAGAUCAGGGCGGUAACGACUCCUGCCAGGGUGAUUCUGGCGGGCCCCUCAUGGUUGAGAACGAGAACAAACAAUGGACCUUGAUCGGCGUCGUAUCGUGGGGAUACGGCUGCGGCCAAAAAGGAAUACCAGCCGUUUAUACGAGAGUGUCCCAGUUCCGUCAAUGGAUAUACGAUAAUGCCAUCUGAGACCUCAGCGGAAUGCUCGAUAAUUGUAAAUAAAAUUAUUUUU